AUGGAGUGUCUCAAGGAGGAAGAGGCCACCCCCGAUCCGGGCUCCUCCUCCCCCUCUCCGGACCCCCCCCCCCUGCCCCAUCAGGUCUCCACCUCGUCGCAAAACAAAGAACGUCUGAGACAGGUGGUGAUCAGAUGGAUGGAGACAAAUGAGGAGGCGAAUGACCCGGACCAAGACCCCCCCGCACCAAGCCAGACCCCCCCGGACCAAGGCCAGACCCCCCCGGACAAGGGCCAGACCCCCCCGGACCGAGGCCAGACCCCCCCGGACCAAGGCCAGACCGCCCCGGACCAGGGCCAGACCCCCCCGGACCGAGGCCAGACCCCCCCGGACCGAGGCCAGACACCCCCGGACCAGGGCCAGACCGCCCCGGACCAGGGCCAGACCGCCCCGGACCAAGGCCAGACCGCCCCGGACCAAGGCCAGACCGCCCUGGACCAAGACCAGAACGCAGAUGAACCUGACAGCCCCCCCACAAAGGCCCUGGCCCAGGUCAUGGGGAACCUGAGGUUCCGGGUGAAGGGCCUCAAAAAGAAGAGGGUUCAACCAGCAUCCACCUCCCGGCUUGAUGAGGAGAAGCCUUUGGGCCGCCCUUCAGGCCGGAGCCCCUUCCCUGGCCAGACCGCCCCGGACCAAGACCAGACCGCCCCGGACCAAGACCAGACCGCCCCAGACCCAAGCCAGACCGCCCUGGACCAAGGCCAGACCGCCAAUGAACCUGAACCCCAACACCAGGGAGAAGGCUCAGGCCCUUUCGUGGCCUGGCUGCCUCCGACCGCAGACGGGCCCCCCAGGAAGGACCUGGCCCAGGUCGUGGGGAACCUGAAGGUCCGGGUGAAGGGAGUCAGGAAGCUGAGGGUGGAAACAGCAACCAUGGACCCAGGCCAGACCGCCCAGGACCCAAACCAGCUCCCCAAUGUGCCUGACAGCCCCCCCACAAAGGCCCUGGCCCAGGUCAUGGGGAACCUGAGGUUUCGGGUGAAGGGCCUCAAAAAGAAGAGGGUUCAACCAGCAUCCACCUCCCGGCUUGAUGAGGAGAAGCCUUUGGGCCGCCCUUCAGGCCGGAGCCCCUUCCCUGGCCAGACCGCCCCGGACCAAGGCCAGACCGCCCCGGACCCAAGCCAGAUCCCUGAGGAACCUGCAGACAGGGCCCCGAGAAAGGACCUGUCCCAGGUCUUGGGGAACGUGAGGGUCCGGGUGAGGGCACUAAGAAAGAAGAGGGUCGAAACAGCUACCACAGCACUGACGGAGCAGGAGGAGGAGAAGCCUUUGGGCCGCCCUUCACGCCAGAACACCUUUAGGCGAAUCAAGAUGGCCUGGGCCGACCCAAAGGCCGUCAUCACCACCGACGCACCCCCGAACACCCCUGAACAUCAGGAUCUGGUCAUCGAGGCUGAGGAGGAGGGGGAAGCCACAGCUCAGGCUGAGGGGACGAGCCUCAGGCCCCGGGUCAACAAGUGGCUGAACCGUAGAAUGAAGGAGAUGUCUACAUUUGCGGCCCGGUUCCAGUGUGGGUCGUGUGUGCGCUAAGAAAAAAAAAAGGAAAGAAAAGAAAAUAGCAUAUAAAAACCCCAAAAAAACAACUGCAAAAUAAAAUGUAUUACAUUGUGAAGACAAAGUAUGCACGUCAAACAUCUGAUGGCGCCCGACCAAGUCCAGAUCGAUGUGAAGUCACACAGGAGGGAAACCCCAGCUUUGUCUAAGCCCGGGUGAAUUUAAGCAAAGUAUUGAAACAUCUGAUGGGACUCAACCAAGUCCUCAUCGAUGUUGCAUCACACUGAGGUGUGUCAUACUUUGUUUAAAUUCACCUACGCUAGGACAAAGCUGGGGUUUCACUCCAGUGGGAUGUCACAUCGAUGUGGACCUGGGCUGGACUUAUCCGAUGUUUGAUGUCCAUACUUUGUCUGGGCCCAGGUGAAUUUAAACAAAGUAUGUACGUCAAACAACUGAAGUGACCCGACCAGGUCGACAUCGAUGUGACAUCACACAGGAGUGAAACCCCAGCUUUGUCUGAGCCCGGGUGAAUUUAAACAAAGUAGUCAAACAUCUGAUGGGACCCAACCAAGUCCUCAUCGGUGUUACAUCACAUUGAGGUGUGUAAUGCUUUGUUUAAAUUCACCUGCGCUUGGACCAAGCUGCGGUUUCUCUCCAGUGUGAAAUCACAUCGAUGUGGACUUGGUUGGGUCCCAUCCGAUGUUGGACGUACACACUUUGUUUCAAUUCGCCUGGGCCCAACUGCAAUUCAUGUAUAAAAAAACAAAUAAAAAUGUUUGCCGAAA